CUACCCAAUUUCAGCCAGUGAUUGGAUGAUGUCAGCUGUCAGUCACGAUGCAGAGGCGGGCCUGGAGGCCAUCCAUUUAGGACGCUGGAGGAACUGUCCAAUCAGUGCGCAGAGGAAGAGGGAGGGCGGGCUUCCGCAAUCUCGCGGGCUUUUCUUCCUCACCAAAUGGGCUACUCCUUCUCUUGCGCCUGAGUUCUCUCCUCAGGGACCCCAUGUGACUCUCGCUCCCUUGAACCCCGCAAUCUCGGGUGACUGGAGGUUCCACAGAGGACCCCAGGUCACCACGGAAGCCAAAAAUGGAAACAAGUGGGAAGACAAGAUCACUAAAGAUCAGAUUGAAAACUCUAGGAGCAAUAUAAGGCACAUCACAUCCCACUCUGGACACAAAUACUACAAGCACGAGGAAUGUGAAGAGAAGCCAUGUGAAUUUAAAAAAUUUUGGAAAUCUCUGGUUUCUCCCAUAAGUGUUCACACACAAAAGUUAACACAAACUGGAGAUGGACCAUAUGAAAGUAUAAUACAUGGGAAAGUCAUCAGUUGUUCCAGUGACAUUCAAAGACAUGAAGAAACUCAUACUGGGUGGCAACCUGAUGAAUGUCAACAAUAUGGUGAAGCCCCUUCUUUUCUCCUAGGUGUUCAAAGUCACACGAGAACACACAGUGAAUGUAAACCUUUUCAAUGUGAGGUAUGUGGGAAAGCCUUUUAUUUCUCCUCUUUAUUUAGAAGGCAUAAAAGAACUUAUUCUGGAGAGAAACUCUGUGAAUGUAAAAAAGGUGGUCAAACCUUUAUUUCACACACAAGUCUUCAAAGGCACAAGAUCACACACACGGGGAAUGCACGUUUCAAAUGUAAGGUAUGUGGGAAAGACUGUGCUUAUCCCAGUUUAUUUAGAAUACAUCAGAGAACACAUACUGGAGAGAAGCCCUAUGGAUGUAAGCAGUGUGGAAAAGCCUUUGCUAAAUCCAGUUAUCUUCAAAUACAUGGAAGAACACAUACUGGAGAGAAGCCCUAUGAAUGUAAGCAGUGUGGCAAAGCCUUUGCUACAUCCCAUCAGCUUUAUAACCAUGGAAGUAUACAUACCAGAGAAAAGCCCUAUGAAUGUCAACAAUGUGGAAAAUCUUUUACUACUGCCUCUUGCUUUAAGAUACAUGAACGAACUCAUACUGGAGAGAAGCCCUAUGAAUGUAAGCAGUGUGGGAAAGCCUUCACUCAGUCCUCUCACCUUCGCUUACAUGAACAAACUCAUACUGGAGAGAAACCCUAUGAAUGUAAGCAGUGUGGGAAAGCCUUCACUCAGUCAUCUCACCUUCACUCACAUGAAAACACUCAUAUUGGAGAGAAGCCCUAUGAAUGUAAGCAGUGUGGCAAAGCCUUUAGUAUGUCCAGUAACCUUCAGAUUCAUGGAAGAAUACAUACUGGAGAGAAGCCCUAUAAAUGUAAGCAGUGUGGCAAAGCCUUUGCUAAAUCUGGUGACCUUCACAGACAUGAACGAACUCAUACUGGAGAGAAGCCCUAUGAGUGUAAGCAGUGUGGCAAAGCCUUCACUCAGUCCUCUCACCUUCACUCCCAUGAACAAAUUCAUACUGGACAGAAGCCCUAUGUAUGUAAACAGUGUGGCAAAGGCUUUUCUAGAUCCAGUGACCUUCAAAUACAUGGAAGAACACAUACUGGAGAGAAGCCCUAUGAGUGUAAACAUUGUGGCAAAGCCUUUGCUAGAUCCAGUGACCUUCACAUACAUGAAAGAACUCAUACUGGAGAGAAGCCCUAUGAAUGUAAGCAAUGUGGCAAAGCAUUUGCUCAGUCUGGUCAGCUACACUCACAUGAAAAAACUCAUACUGGAGAGAAGCCCUAUGAAUGUAAGCAGUGUGGCAAAGCCUUUGCUUCAUCCCAUCAGCUUCACAAACAUGGAAGAAUACAUACCCUAUGAAUGUCAACAAUGGGGAAAAGACUUUGCCACAUCCUGUCUAUUUCACACAUGUGAAAUAACACAUACUGCAGAGAAAUUGUAUGCAUGAAAACAAUUGGUAAACUCUUCUGUUAUUUCUGUUUCACUCAUAUACAUGUAAAAAGUUUACUGGAGAAAAAUCCUUUGAAUAUGAAAUAUGGUAAAUCAAUAUUUCAUGUUAUCCUCAAACACAAGAAGUGGCUCACACUUCUGGAAAUGUGUGUUUGUGUGUGUAUGUGUGUGAGAGAGAGGGAGAGACAGAGA